GAGGACCCGCAGCCCAAGAACUUGGGGGCAUCGGUGGCAGCCAGAAGGUCUGGGAACGACCUCUACGCCACGGAACGAGCUCACAACGUCAAGAUUCACCUGCAGAUCCUGAAAGAGUACACGAGAAGCAUCGCCUUAGCUCUGCCGGGUAGCGAGGAGUUGGGACUCGCUUACGGUAACCGCUCGGCUCUGCUGCACCACUUGGGCAGACACCGAGAGUCUAUUUUGGACAUCGAGCGAGCCCUCGAGCUACCCGUUGGCGAUCAACGCAGGAUCAAGUACCUCUGUCGCAAGGUGGAUUGUGAAGUGGCGCUCAACAUGGACGAGGACGCCAAAAGCACGUGCCAGCAGACGCAGCAUCUCCUGCUGAGCACAGAAACCUCCAUGGAUGAGAAAACGGAUUCUAUCCUUAGUCUGGUGAAUUCCAUGCACAAACUGAAAAUUGCCGAUUGCAUGAGCAUCGAAACACUUGACGACAGGCCCAUAGAGAAAAAAGCCGAGCUCUACCAAGGAGGAAAGUUCGAGCAGCGCUCGUCGGAGUGUCCGGACGCUUCGAGCGCCAUCGCCGUGACCAAGGGCAGACGGAACGUUCGUUACGGACGUUACUUGACGGCCACCCGGGACAUCGUUCCAGGGGAAACGCUCUACAGCGGUAGGCCGUACCUCGUGGCCCCGGCCAGGGGGAGCAUCCACAGUCACUGCUCGCACUGUCUGGAGUUCGUUUGGGCAGGCGUGCCCUGCGACAGCUGCAGCCAGGCCGUUUACUGUUCGGAGACGUGUCGAACCGAGGCGUGGAAUAUGUACCACGACGCCGAGUGCAAGAUCAUCGACCGGAUUUGGAAGGUCUUGGGGCGCAUGAACGCCGGGAGGGUCAUGAGCCUGCGGAUGCUGUUGAUGGCCGUGAGAGAGGCUGGUGGACUGCACGAGCUCAGGGACCAACUGCGAGAGAUCGACGCUUCCAAGGAUCUGCGCAAGAAGGGGUUUUCCAACAAUCAGCAGAGCUUCGUCAACAAUUACCGGAGCGCGUACAGCUUGUUGUCCAACGUGCGCAAAAAGGGAGACAAGGAUUUGGAGGAGGUGUCGCAGGAUUCUGCCGUGAUGUUGCACUUUUUGGCCAAGUACACCCGGGUUUUUCGCAAAUACUUUGACUACGGGAAAAUGGACCUCAUGAGGAGCGAGGACGCGCUGUUGGUGGGAAAGUUGUUGUCGCAUUACCAGCACGUUGUUCUGACGAAUGCUACUUCGGUCAGAGACGCGUACAACGUGUCCUCGACGGAUUGGACCUGGUCAGUUUUGCGUGAAGACACCAGCACGGGCCUGUAUCUCAAUUGUUUCCUGAGUCUAUCGAACCACAGCUGUUUUCCAAACGUGGCGAGGUGCGAGACGAAAGAGCACCAAACGAUCUUGUACGCCAUUCGGCCGAUAGCUCAAAACGAACAGCUAUUCGAGAGCUACGGGCCAACGUAUUCCGAACUGAUGAAGGAACAACGAUGCGAACUAUUGGGUCGAUUUUGCUUUUUAUGCGACUGCAUCGCGUGCUCGGAGGACUGGCCGGUAUUCAUGAAUAUGAUAACCAGCGGCGUUGCUUUCUCGAACUCAGCGCCAUCGGUUGCAAUGCUCCUGAUCAAAGAUGCUCACAAAAAAAGCGACCAGAUAACCGAAUCCCUCAAGUACGAUCACUUCAAGUGCGACAUCGGCUGCUUGGAAGAUUUGGCCUACGCCAUCACUCUAACUUACAAGUACUGCCGUAUGCCCAACUGGAGGCUUCCGAGCCUCACGGCGACCUUCGUAUCGAUUUUUAACGAUUUGUACGGGUACGUGAUCAAAGUACCAGAGACUUGCGACGAUUAA